CUGCUGAAGCGAUUCUGCGCCUGGUCAGUGAUCCUGUGCUGCCUUUCUACCCUCUGGACAUUGUGCUGGAUGUCCAAAACAAACUCAAAGAUAAGAAUGCAGUAUCGCCUUCCCUGCUGUCCUCAGCCUCCUCUCUCAGAGACCGUGCUGCAUUCUUCCAGUCCGAAGCGAUGCGUCCAGCAAACGACCCCAAAGAGCGUGACCCCUCCCACGUUCGCAUGCUGAAUGAUGUACUGCGUGAUCUGGAAAAGAGCUUCAUCGUCCCACAGACACCGGCUGGAGUGUACAGAAAUCUACUUUACAGUCUUCCAGGAAAGACUCCUCAGUUUUCCAUUGUCAAGUUCUCCCAGGAAGUGGCCCAGCAUUGCGGCGGGACAAGCAAGCCAACGAAGCACUGCUCUGCAAACAAGGACGCACUUUGCCACAGCACCAAGAACCAGUCUCUGUCUCUGAUCCUCAGAGCCCUGCGCUCAGCUGAGAGGCUGGUUGAUUUUGGGCUGGACUUGUUCGAAAAUUACCCCAGUGGCUCCAAAUGAUUCUGAUGAAGAGCAACACAGAGCGCAACCUCUACCAAUCUUGAUAAUCAUUCUGCUGUUCAGGAAACUAAAUCUGCAAUUUCUUUUUUAAUCAAAACUUGCAAAAACAGACUUUUUUAAAAAUAUGAAUGUAUCAAACUUGCUGCACAGCUGCUUUUAGAUAUGCAAAGGAUAUGGAAAAGUGGGUCUGCUUAAAUUGCACUAAUUUGUCUUCCAGUGACUUUCAACCAAAAGGUAAAUGGUUACUUUUCAACAUUUUAUUUGACUUUACCUGAGUUUACUCCUAACACUUAAUCUACUUGAUUAGGAAGUUUUUUUUUUUUUUUUCAUUUUCAUAGCACAAAUUCUGGCACAGGCAAAAAAAAGUAGCACAUCAAAAUUCAUAGGCUUUUCAAAAGAAAAGUAGAUGUCAGUGUUUAAAAGAAGAAAAUGCAAUCCGGUUAGAAUUUUUCUUCAGAGGCAUAGCUUUGGUAAAUGAAUAGCAUUUAUUCAAUGCUCGAUGUCUUUGAGCACUUUAAGUGCUUCAUUCACCAACACAAUCAUGCAGAGUGAUUGCUAUCAUGCACCACCUUGUUGAUGAAGGAGACGGUGCAUUUGGAAAUUCCAAACAUGAUGGUCUUCAUUUUUAAACAAAAUACAAUUCAGGCUGAAAAUAAAUCUAUUUUUACCUGUCAGCUGUAAAGAAAUCUUCCAAUCUGUUAACCCGAAGAGCAAAAGCCUUUUCAGUGUCAACUACGAUCACUGUUAUCCAAUCCAUAGUUAUAAUCUAUUCUAUGUUCUAUAGAAGGGAAUAAAAAAAGCAAUAAAAAUGUGUAGCUUUUAAAAUCCAACCAACAACCACUGGAUUAGAAGCAGUUUAUUUCUUAAUUUCUGAUUUGCUCUAAUAAUAGUGUUCCAUCUAUGAAGCUUCCUGCUGUAACCUGUGUUCAACAAUCAAUUACAGUACCUGUUGUCUUUUUUGUUACAGUCCAAUGAGUCAUUUCCCUGAGCAGCAAUAUUUUAGCCAGUACCACAGUACAAUUUAAAAUCAUCUGAAGAAUUCUUGCAAAAGUAUUCAUAAUCCUUCAAAUUUUCCUAUUUUUCCAUGAAUACCACUCAUUGAGGUCGAACCAGUUAGGACAAUUCUGAUUAGAAUCUAAAAUGUAACCAAGCUUUUCAGGGUGUAUGCUGACAGCAGGAACUCACCAUGUUCAAUAGGAAAAAUGUCAGUUGUGAUUUCCAAACAGCACCACUACACACAUUGUGAGGAAACACCCAUGAAUGAAAUAUUCAUGUCAGCUUAGGUUUUUUUUUUUCUUUUGUGCUAGUCAGUGUGCACUAAAACAGCUCCACAUUUAGUCUUCUAAUCAAUGUCUAAAAUGAUGAGAACAAUUCCACUUUUGGAUCAAAUACAUCACAAAAUAAGCUUUGAUGUCUAUGAGCCAGUUAGACAUUUAUUAGAUGUAUCUUCACCCAGAGAAAGCUCAUGGAGGAGCCAUUUUAACACAUCCCUAUGCUGCGAUCUGAAGCAUUCUGGUUGUUGCUUAGGGUAGCUGUCCCACUGGAAGGAGAAACUCCAACCUGAUCUUAGGUCUUUGGCUGCAUUUAACACGUUUUCUUCCCUUCUUGUCUGGUUUUUAACUUUGUCCAUCUUGUCAUCAGCUCUGACCAGAUUGUGUCCCUGUAGGAAAAAAGAUAAAGCAUCCUUACAGCAUGAAGCUGCCACCACCAUGCGUUACCAUUGGCUGUGUGUUCUCCUGUCUGGAUCUUUCAGUUUCAAUUGACCAUUAUUGUUUUGAAGGUAACAUCUGUGGCAGGCUCUUUUCAUUUUCAGAUGAUGGAGCUCUGGAAGAUGUUAAAAGCCUUUAUGUGGGGUGUGUUUAGCCUAACCCAGCUUCAAACUUCCACACAGCUUUCUCCCUGGUCCAUCGGAUAUGUCCUUGAGCUUCAUGAUCCUGUUUUUUUCUAAUGUUCUCUAAACAAGCUUCUUGGGCCUUCACAGAACAACUUAAUUUAUACUGAGAUUAAAUGAAUACUUUUGCAAAGCACUCUAUAACUUCAUAGGUGUCCUAGUGAACAUAAAAUCAAACAUAAUUUAAAGAGCAGCUAUUUUAGUAGGUCAUGUUCAAUAUGCGCAGCCUAGAUUGGGCAGUCUGUAGGGCACGAUCCUGGUACACUUUCUGAAAACAAAAGUUAAGCACUCAGAUGGAUUGGUUGUUGGUAAAGCUGUGAUUUGGUGCAGAACGGGUCAUAAGACAGGUGCACAGUCAAUCCUGCAAUAUGUUGGCCCAGAAUGGGUUAUCUGUUUCUAGAGAGUUAUCUUUACAGCAACAGGGUGACAGAUAAACACUAUCCUGACCAUAGGAGGAUCAUAGAUACAUCGCAGCUGCUGCUGUGAUCCAAUCAGUCAUUCUAUCAAAUCUAAGUAUGUCAGGCUCUGGCCUCCAGAGUCCAUUUACCUGUGAUCUCCAAGGCAACCAAUAAUGCAGUCCAGUCUCUGGGGGUCACAUCAUUUCUUACACUAUAUAUGAGCAAGUUGGCCUUGUUAAAGUGCUGCCUCAGUCAGAGGUAAACAUGCAACCCGAGGAUCUAGGACUGUCUAGGUGCCCCACAUGACUACCAGAGGUGAGCUGUUCUGUUGAUACCAGGAAUAUCUCCUGCAGGAUUGCUCCACUCUCUUGCAUCGUGUCCGAUCAAGAGCCCGUCAGCCCUGAUGUGUCUGUAAACAGACACCUCUGACUUUUGUUAGAUUUCUGUUUCAUGCAUCUUAUAUUCAAAACACUCUAAAGUACAAGUGAGGUUCACCCUAGGGGAAAAGAGCUGGGGCCAGGGUGGCUCUAAUAUUAGCAGCCGUUGAAUCCCCAGCAAGGGCAGAGUGAGUACCAAAACCACACAGGCACUGAAGUAACAAUCCAGUGAGGGCAGGUCACACACAGGUUUAGCAAGCUGAGCACACAAGCACUCUGGAAAAAACAUGCAGGCAGGGAGACGGUCUGGCAGAGACUGGUUGUGGGAGGCAGGUAUAAAUAGGGGGAGUCCCAGAUAAAAGAGCUUGAUGUUAAUUGAUAUAGCCAGCCAGCCCAAAAAACAAACAGAAGCAGAUAGCAUAACAGAUGCUGUUUUGAUGUGGUUGGUCUUUGAUGACAUUCUUUAUAACUAUAUGUAGGUUUAUCCACAUCCCACAGGUUCCAACACAGGGCUGCUGUGACAUCUUUAGAGCCUAUAUUUAAAGGUGCAUUCACAUUGGCGCAACAAAGUUGCCACUUUUGCUUGCUGUCACUCACCUGACAUUAUUGCCGAAUGGCCACUCUAGUCUCUUCACUCAUUCUUUUCCAGGCUUCCUCCUUUCUGGACUUUCUGGUCUCAGUAGUAAUAAUUGAUUGAGUCAUACAACUGAGUCCGACCGCAGACCGCCAUUAUCAGCUUGUCUUCCAUGUUGAAUGAAAACAACUUUGUCUCCACUGCAGUCCUUCACGUCACAGCCACAAUCAGUUCCUGAUUUGCUGUCGCGAGCAGACACAAAAGUUAAGCUUUUUCA